GACACAGACAGGGGACUGUCAGCUGGUGCUGGAGGAGCUGAGCGACGAGCCAUCAGCGACUGGAAACAGCUGAGGGGAGCCCCUUCCCCGCCACCCUGUCCCUUCCCCAGCCCCAAGCAUGCUGCUGAACAGGAUGUCCGCAGACGACCGGCACCUGAGCUCCAGCUGCGGCUCCUUCAUCAAGACCGAGCCGUCCAGCCCGUCCUCGGGGAUCGAUGCCCUCAGCCACCACAGCCCCAGCGGCUCGUCGGACGCCAGCGGAGGCUUCGGUCUAGCCCUGGGCGCCCACGCCAACGGUCUGGACUCGCCGCCCAUGUUCGCGGGCGCCGGGCUGGGAGGCACCCCGUGCCGCAAGGGCUACGAGGACUGUGCGGGCGGCCUCAUGGAGGACUCGGCCAUCAAGUGCGAGUACAUGCUCAACGCCAUCCCCAAGCGCCUGUGCCUCGUGUGCGGGGACAUCGCGUCCGGCUACCACUACGGCGUGGCCUCCUGCGAGGCCUGCAAGGCUUUCUUCAAGAGGACCAUCCAAGGCAACAUCGAGUACAGCUGCCCGGCCACCAAUGAAUGUGAGAUCACGAAACGGAGGCGCAAGUCCUGCCAGGCCUGUCGCUUCAUGAAAUGCCUCAAAGUGGGGAUGUUGAAGGAAGGUGUGCGCCUUGACCGAGUGCGUGGAGGCCGCCAGAAAUACAAGCGACGGCUGGACUCAGAAAGCAGCCCAUACCUGAGCUUACAGAUUUCUCCUCCUGCUAAAAAGCCAUUGACUAAAAUCGUCUCCUACCUGCUGGUGGCUGAGCCAGACAAACUCUAUGCCAUGCCUCCCCCCGGCAUGCCAGAGGGCGACAUCAAGGCUCUGACCACUCUCUGUGACCUGGCAGACAGGGAGCUCGUGGUCAUCAUUGGCUGGGCCAAGCACAUCCCAGGCUUCUCCAACCUCUCGCUGGGGGACCAGAUGAGCCUGCUGCAGAGCGCCUGGAUGGAGAUCCUUAUCCUGGGCAUCGUGUACCGCUCACUGCCCUACGACGACAAGCUGGUGUAUGCGGAGGACUACAUCAUGGAUGAGGAGCACUCCCGCCUCGCUGGGCUGCUGGAGCUCUACCGGGCCAUCCUACAGCUGGUGCGCAGGUACAAGAAGCUCAAGGUGGAGAAGGAGGAGUUCGUGACGCUCAAGGCCCUGGCCCUGGCCAAUUCAGAUUCCAUGUACAUCGAAGAUUUGGAGGCGGUCCAGAAGCUGCAGGACCUGCUGCACGAGGCGCUGCAGGACUACGAGCUGAGCCAGCGCCACGAGGAGCCGCGGAGGACGGGCAAGUUGCUGCUGACGCUGCCCCUGCUCCGGCAGACGGCCGCCAAGGCAGUGCAGCACUUCUACAGCGUCAAACUGCAAGGCAAGGUGCCCAUGCACAAACUCUUUCUGGAGAUGCUGGAGGCCAAGGUCUGAUGGCCCGGCCCACGGACGGACUCCCGCCCAAGGACAGACGGAUGGACCGACGCGAACACCUCCACAGCCACCAGCCUCAACAUUCAAGUCCUGUAUCAUGGCCGUGAGCCGUCGCGGCGGAAGGGGCUCCUCGCCUCCUGGCUGUGUGCAGAGUCCCGGGUGCUGGAGGGGCGGGGGGUAUGGGGAUGGAAAGGCAGGUGCGGGGCUCAUCUGUAACUGGCUCUUUUUUUUUUUCAUUUGGUAUGUUGUGUUUUUUUUUUCCUCCGCCGCGGGCAAUGCCGAGGCCUGGGCCAGAGCUGACUCCUCCCUGAGGCUGGAGACCACCAAGGAGGAAAGGCAACUUCUCCCCACCCGAUCACCAGGAGGCCACACAUACAUUUCGUAACCACUUCUCCGACAUCCCUCCCGCCCCCUCAGCCUCCUCCCAAGGCCUGGGCGGGGAGUGUUUAGUGCCGAGGACUCUGGCAUACUCAGGCAGGGGUAUACCUUCGGAGGCUUUCCUCUCCCAGAAAGCAGGUACUUUCUUCCAGAGGCCCUGCCUACUCUGAGGUUCUGCCCCUCAGGAGGCCCCACGCCUUCAGCAGUCCAGACGGCUUCCUCCCUCCAUCCUUCACCUAGGCUCCCAGGCCAGCCCAGCUCACCAUCAGGGGACUAGUCGCCAGAGCUCAUGGAUUUUCCUAGUCACCCCGCCCCCUUGGUGCGCCCCCCCACCCACCUUCCACUGCUGCCCCAGGGUCCCCUUCCUCUCCCCGCUCCAAACCCCACUGUGACUUCCUGCCCGACCUCAGAGCUCACCCCCACUGUGGGUUCCACCAGCCAAGACUUCAGGGCCCACAGGUGGGGACGGUGCUGGCUCAGAGCAGAGCAGGGUCCAAGACACCACGCCCCAGCGGCCCCUCUUCUGUGGGCUUCUCCCGCUCCCUGGGGGCAGUCGGGCAGGUGGGCCUGGGGAACUGAGGGAUAUGCAGGGACCUGGCCCCUCCGAGGGCACCCUGGGCACUUGAUUCUAGGCUGGCAGCUCUAGUAGGACCCAGGUGGGAUAGGGAGAGGCCCAGACCAAGCUUUGCUGAGCACAGAAAGGCCCAGAAGCAGAGAUGAGCAGGCAAGGGAACUCUGAAGACAGGGCUCCACAGAGGUCACCAGCCUGCCUGAUCAGUGGACACCAGGAUGCCCCCUCCCUUGCCUUCCAAAGGGCAGGGUGAGCCAGUGCUGCAGGAGGGUUUGCACCUGCCAUCCUUGGACUAAGGAGGCAUAGCAUAGCUCCCCGGGUGCACUUAGAUGCCAGCUUUCUGGCAGGACACCCUCACCCCCUACCAGUCCAUCAGGCUGUUGCGUAAGGUACCAACCACCCCAGUUUGCCCAGGACCCGUUUUGGCAUUGAGAGUCUAUUUGCCAGGAAACCCUCCAGUCCUGGCCGAAUGAGAACAGUGGGUCAUCCAUUUCGGUGACCGGCUAUGAAAGUUCAUUAUAACCCACUCGUACUGGGGGGAGGGCAACUUGAACACACCAUCUGGGGCUCAUGGGGUUGGCUGAGAGCAGUUUAGAGGACCUCCCAUGGCUGAAGGAGUUUCAAACAUCCAUCCAAUCAGCUGUCUUCUAAAGCAGGGAUCAGAGCAGUCCUGCCAGGGACACUUUACUGGGGAAUCCAACACAUUCUACCCCCGACCUCUGGUCACUUUGAGAGGCAGGUAGUUCCCACCCACCCAGCCCCAGGACUAGGAGGCCAGGCGUCCUCCUCCACAGCCUCGCAGCCUUCUGAGGGAAGCAGCUACUGCUGGUUCCCCUUCUCCACACCCAGACACAGCUCCUUCUGAACUUUUUCUGCCAAAAUGUGCUAAGGUCACCCCAGGUGUGAGAGCUGGCUAAAUCCCAUCUGCUGCUUUCAGAUACCUUCAUAGAGAAAAUGUCAGGGGUUCCAAGAGACUUCACAGACCAGCGAAGUAUGCCCCCUCCCUUCUUUGGCUGUGGAAUCCUCAAGGCCAGAGUCACUUGUCCGGCGACACUGGAAUGAUCCAGGGUGCUCCUAGCCUCCUGUGCAGUCUGAUCGGGGCGGACAGAUGCGCAGGUGCCUCUAAGGGACCAGGGGUAAAACCCAGGCCUACUUAGCUGUUGGGGGCCAUUCACUGACAUCUGACCUGGAGAGAUGGGGGUCUGCGCUGAGGAUGACUCCCUUAGCCUCUCGCUGUGUUGUGUACUCAAGGAGGCGGGGAACAGAGGGUCACAUCUCAUCACCUCCGUUCUGUGUAGAGUCACUGCUCGAGUGUGAAGACCUGAGCUGUGAGCCGCUGCAGGGGCUAGUUCACAACUGGUCUUCACUGUCUCUCUUUUCUAGAAAAAGCACCUCUCAUUAACAGUGCAACAAGUGGUUUUUGGGCAGCAAACGGCAGCUUUGCCUUGCCAGAGCGCAUGCGUCUGCCAGUGUGCUGCGUUAGAGCCCCUUUAUAGCAGAGGGGGGCAUGGUCCUGAUGGCUUGGUGCCACUGAGGUGGCUGCUGCUUUUACAUUAAAAAACUCUGAUGGCAACAGGAAAUGUACCAGGGAUGAUAAGUCUGUUCAGUGGGGAAGGCCCUGGUGCGUACUAGAUGGAUCCAUUGGCAUUCAGAUAAGAAGUUUAUGGGCCAACUUCUUAGUUGGGAGCCUAGCCAGCUUUUGGGACCUCCCUGGGAAGUGGGGAGGAGGUUGGGGGGGGGGGUGACUUAGUGGAGGAUGUGAAGCGAGGAGAGUUUAGGACACCCCAUCCCCUCUAAACAGAACAAAACUGAAGUUUUCCCGCCAAAUCCACUGUUCCUGGAAAAUCUGUAAAGAGGACAUAGCCCUUCUCAGUUGUACUCUCAUGAUACAGGUCAUUGAAAUGAACCAAGAAAUAAAAUGAAAAAAAAAAAAUCCAACCACGGAGAAGGUGGUAUUGGCUGGGUUUUGUUUGGUGCCCGUGUCCCCACACUUUCUCGAGAUUCUAGACUGGCUUUGGCACAUGUGAACCUUGAUAAGGGCUCACAGUUCUGGUUCAGAGGAAGCUUCAGUGAUUCCCCAGGGCACAAGUUAAGAACCGAGUAGGAAGACCAGAGCAGGAUGAUGGGUGGGAGGCCGUGGCAGGGCCUCACAGGAGCCGGAGUCUGCACCUGCCCCCUGGGUCAGGGGCCACCCUUCCCUCCAGACUCCCCCCAGGCCCUCGAAGACAGAAGGCGGAGGAGGUUGUGGCAAGGGGACAGAGGCCCGUGCCCACGGAAGAGCACCAAAGAAAAGCACUAUGUGGAGAUUGUUUUAUUUUCUAAUAAGGAUAAUGUGGCUGGAAUGGCUUCUUAAGAUGUAUAUAUUUUUAAAAAUGACGGUCCCUCAUUGCAUCACCCCCCUGUACGUACUCCCACCUCUGUAUGUGUUCUCCCGAAUGCCCUAGGAGU